CGGCGCUUCAGUCCCAGCUCAACUCUCGGUGCCGCUAUCGCCGAUAAUGUCCAGAGAGGAUCGAGUUACGCUACGCCCCAUCUUUAAGCCCCAGUCAGUGCGCCGUUAGCCGUGGGACAACAGAGGAUAGGCUAAGACACUGGCCGCCGGGGAAGUAAAGGCUCCACACUCAUGCCUUGAAAAAGAGGAGAGUGUGAAAUUGCUGUUAAUGGAGAGAAAUCACAUUCACCAAGAGUUCUAAAAAUGAUUGAAACAAUGGAUACACAGCGUGCCUUGCAGGCGGUGGAGCGUCUCCAGGCCAAACUGAAGGAGCGAGGGGAGGUGCCCACUGAGGAGAAGCUCAGCCUGCUCAAGUCGGUACUCCAGAGCCCGCUCUUCCACCAGAUCCUGGCCUUGCAGAAGUCUGUCCAACAUCUCAGAGACCAGGGGAGUGUCCCAGCAUCACAUGGGAGUGACCCUGUCGAUCACAUCACAGCAGUGAAGCCCAGUGGAAGCCAUGUUUCCUAUUCAGAUAUAUCAGCUGCUACACACAUCAAUGGCAAGACAUCAUCUGAAGAAUUUGAGAAUAUUAUUCAGUCCAUGGCACAGGGGCGCUUCGUGACACACGUGGAGCUACAGAAGCCGGUGUCAGGAGGUCUCGGCUUCAGCGUGGUGGGCCUGAAGAGCGAGAACCGUGGAGAGCUCGGCAUCUUCAUCCAGGAAAUUCAACUGGGGAGUGUUGCUCACUGUGAUGGAAAGCUCAAAGAAGCUGACCAAAUCUUGGCCAUUAAUGGCCAGCCCCUGGACCAGACAGUGACCCACCAGCAGGCUAUAGGCAUCCUGCAGAGUGCCUCAGAGAGGGUGCAGCUCACAGUGGCUAGAGGACCAAUACCUCAGCUGGCCAGUCCUGUGGUGUCCCGCACGCCCUCUGCUGCCAGUACACUGUCGGCCAAAUCCAGCGCGUGGCAGCACGUGGAGACGAUUGAACUGGUCAAUGAUGGCACCGGCCUCGGAUUCGGUAUUGUGGGAGGAAAGACCACUGGGGUUAUCGUCAAAACCAUCCUUCCUGGAGGCAUAGCUGAUCAGGAUGGCCGCCUGCGUAGUGGGGACCACAUCCUGAGAAUUGGAGACACUGACCUGUACGGCAUGGGCAGUGAACAGGUGGCGCAGGUCCUCAGGCAGUGCGGCAAUAGGGUGAAGCUGGUGGUUACCAGGGGCCCCGGUGAUGAGAAUCCCUCUGUCUCUGCUGUCAUGCCAGUGGUGCUCCCCACUGUCAACGAACAACAGGGCUAUGAGGAGGAGGAGGAGACUGAAGCAUUUGAUGUGAGCCUUACCAAGAACACCCAGGGACUGGGGAUCACUAUUGCUGGCUAUGUUGGAGAUAAAAAUUCAGAGCCCUCUGGUAUUUUUGUUAAGAGUAUAACAAAAGACAGUGCCGUAGAUCAAGAUGGCCGUAUUCAUGUGGGAGACCAGAUAAUAGCUGUCGACGGUGUAAACAUACAAGGAUACACCAAUCAACAGGCUGUGGAAGUGCUCAGACACACUGGCCAGACGGUCCACCUUAAGCUGAUCCGGCGGGGCUUCAGGCCUGAUGAGAUCCCCCCCGCUGUGGCCCCCAGUGUCACCGUCCCAUCCCCUUCCACCACCAUCCCCACCACCGCCACUGUCUUGAGGGAGCUUGAGCGGGAGAGGAGGAAGGCUGAGGAUGCUGCACAAGAUGAAAAGCCGCUCCAGACAAAGAGUGAAGGAUCUGAUGUCAGCCCAUCCACGGAUCAGCUAACGGAAGACAAACGUGGCAUGAAGUUAACACUCUUUGAAGAAGAAGAGCUAAUGAAGAAAUGGCAGGAGAUUCUGGGUCCAACUAAUGAAGUUGUGGUGGCUCAGGUGGAGAAGUUUAGUGAGAGCAGCGGCCUGGGCAUCAGUCUAGAAGCCAACAGUGGGCAUCAUUACAUCCGCUCUGUUCUACCUGAGGGACCUGUUGGCCGCUGUGGCAAGCUGUUCAAUGGAGAUGAACUGCUUGAGGUCAAUGGCAUAUCUCUGAUUGGUGAGACCCACAAGGAAGUAGUCAGAAUCUUGAAGGAGCUUCCACUCUGUGUAUACAUGACAUGCUGUAGGCCCGCCCCUCUCUUGCAGACUGACAUGGAUGCUAUCCAACCAGAAUCAGAGGCUUUGCCCACAACAACUAAAUUAAAGAAACAAAUAGACCUGAGCAGCGUACUGCUUGCUGGAGACUCAGAGGUGAACGCCGCAGCAGCGACACAGGAUAAUGUGACAGAGGAGGCGAUAGGAUCUCCUUUGGCUAUGUGGGAGCUGGAGAUCCAGAAUAUCGAGCUCGAGAAGGGAGAAGGGGGAUUGGGAUUCAGCAUUUUGGACUACCAGGACCCACUGGACCCUGCCAAGACGGUGAUCGUGAUUCGUUCUCUGGUUCCUGAUGGCGUGGCCGAGCAGGAUGGCAGACUGUUGCCAGGGGACAGACUCAUGUAUGUUAACACCACCAACCUGGAGAACGCCAGCCUGGAGGAUGCCGUCCAGGCCCUGAAGGGGGCCAAGCUUGGCAAAGUCCAGAUAGGAGUCGCCAAACCACUGCCUGGAAUAUGUGGAUAUUCCCACUCUCCACACCCAUAUGGUGAGCAGGAAAUAACUUCAUCAUCCACCAUCCAUUCAUUUGACUUCAACAGUAUUUUGGUUGAAGAAGGAGAGGAAGAAGAUCUGGCUGAGGGCAUCGUUUACCGAGCAGAGCCUGCAUUGAUUGACACCAGUGAAGCAGACCUAUCUGAUGAAAAAGUGUUACAUACUUACUCUGGGCUAGAGGAUGACACUUUCCAGGCAUCCAUGAUUGCUCUUCAUGGUAGCAGCUGCAGCGCAGACCUGGAUUAUCUGCACUCAUCCACACCUAAACUGACAGCUCGCCUGGACUUGUUGGAUGAGCAUCCCUGCUUUACAACACCAUCCGGCCUCGGAGACAACACUCAAGCAUUCUCACCAGAGAAGUCGGCUUCGUUCGCUCCCCCGGGUUUGAGAGGUCACGUCCCGGCUUUUAAUGCCAUACUAAGCAGUUCUGAUCAGUACCUGGCUCAGCACUCGGCCAAAGAGGAACCAGUGGAGUGUUCAAACUCAUACAGCCCGUUUACUGAAAUAGGGACCAUAUCUAAUGUACAGGAAGAACCUGUGGAGUCUCUUCACUACCAGAGGGAGCCACCCAUCUGUUUUGGAGAUAUUGGGGAUAUAAAGAUCUUGAUCAAGGACGAGGAGGCUGGAGUAAAAGAAUCAGCAGAAGACGAUGACAAGGAAGUACUGACCUCAGGGAGCAAUUUUGAAAGGACUAUCACAGUUGUCAAGGGCAACUCCAGCCUCGGCAUGACGGUGAGUGCCAUGAAAGAUGGUUUGGGGAUGCUGAUCCGCAGCAUAAUCCACGGUGGGUCGAUUAGCCGAGAUGGACGUCUCGGUGUUGGUGACCUCAUCCUGGCCAUUAACGGAGAGCCCACUGCCAACCUGACCAACGCUCAGGCCCGUGCCAUGCUGCGAAGACACUCUCUCAUUGGACCAGACAUGGGAUCUGCUUGUUCACCUGAGGACGAUCUGUGCCCAUUUUAUGUCAUUACAUAUGUUCCAGCAGAGUAUCUAGAGGAGUACAAGGCCAGCCUAGAGCAGGUGAAAGAUGAUGUCUUCUCUGAAAAAGCUCCAGUUCCAGCUCCAAAAGAUAUUCCUAACCUCCCUGAGCGAGAAGAUGGAGAGGGAGAGGAAAGUGCCUCUUACAGCAACUGGAACCAACCUAGGAAAGUGGAGCUGUUCAGAGAGCCAGGCAAGUCUCUGGGGAUCAGUAUCGUCGGAGGCAGAGGGAUGGGCAGCCGCCUGAGUAAUGGAGAGGUGAUGAGGGGGAUUUUUAUCAAACACAUCCUGGUGGACAGUCCUGCUGGACAGAACGGGACCCUGAAGACUGGAGACAGGAUUGUAGAGGUGGAUGGAGUAGACCUAAGAGAUGCUAGUCAUGAGGAGGCAGUGGAGGCCAUUCGCAGGGCAGGCAACCCUGUCUCCUUCUUGGUCCAGAGUAUUAUUCACAGGCCCAGGCCUGAGUCAAUAUAUAGCCCAGCUUCAUCGCCUGCUGUAGAGAAACACACCACUGCUUUCACAUGCAUGCCACAUCGCACGUGUCAGCCGCCCCUGCCCUUUCCGCAGCUAAAUAGCCACCGCGGGUCGAGCCUUUGCUGCACUAAUCAAACCUACUUAGCACCUGCCCUCCCUCAGUCAUCGAUAACAGACUCCAGUGAGGAGAGAGCUGCAGCUGUAACAAGGGACAACAAGGACAAGGAGGGUGACAGUCACAGUAGACUUUUCCUCCGCCUCUCCCCAACUAACCCUUUCACUCCUACCCCGUUUAAGCCGGCGAAGCGUGAAGCAGCAAAGGCAUCUCCCACCAGCACUGUCCUCCCCCUGCCAGUGGUGCCCCAUGUGGGAGAGACUGAUACAGACACGCUGACAGAGAUUCCUGGCAGACCUGCUGAGGCAGAGGAGGAGAACGAGGGGGAGGUGGAGGAUGAGUUUGGAUACAACUGGAAGAACAUAAUCCAGCGCUAUGGCAGCCUCCCAGGUGUCCUACACAUGAUUGAGCUGGAGAAAGGCAAGACAGGCCUGGGCCUCAGCCUGGCGGGGAACAGGGACCGCUCUCGCAUGAGUGUGUUCGUGGUGGGAAUAGACCCCAGUGGGGCGGCUGGCAGGGACGGACGAAUGGUUGUGGGGGAUGAGCUGCUGGAGAUCAAUGGGCAGGUUCUUUAUGGCCACAGCCACCAGAACGCAUCCUCCAUCAUCAAGAGCUCUCCAUCCAAAGUCAAAAUCAUCUUUGUCAGGAACACAGAGGCGCUGAACCAGAUGGCUGUGGGUCCUGUGAGAGAACAUGAGGGAGACACAGUGGAGCCCCACACCGAGCUGGAAACAAUUGCCGCUAAUGGUGAUGCUGAUUCUUCAAAAUAUGUCCAUCAUAUCAUAAAGCUGAAGGAGGACGGAGGACUUGGCAUCACUUUUGUCGAGGGAAACACUGAGAGUGGAGUUGAAAUUCAGAGUAUAUCUGAAGUGAAAGCACAUACAGGCAAAGAAGGCUGCAUGAAACCAGGGGACAAACUCUUAGCUGUGAAUGGUGAAUCAGUGCUUGGGUACACUGUGGAAAAGUCAACCUGCCAGGACGGGGGUUACGCAGAUGGAGUCCUCACCAGCCUACCCAGCAUGCCCAGCGCCGCCACGGUCACAAGCCUGAGUCGCUCCUCCACCCCUUCCACUCUGGCCUGUGACCCGGCGACCUGUCCCAUCAUCCCCGGCUGUGAGACCACCAUCGACAUCUCCAAGGGCCGCACAGGCCUGGGCCUCAGCAUCGUGGGGGGCUGUGACACCCUGCUGGGGGCCAUCAUUAUCCAUGAAGUUUAUGAAGAAGGGGCAGCCUCCAAAGAUGGCAGGCUAUGGGCAGGAGACCAAAUCCUGGAGGUGAACGGCAUCGACCUGCGCGCAGCCAGUCAUGAUGAAGCCAUCAAUGUGCUGCGGCAGACCCCGCAGAGGGUUCGGCUGACAGUCUACAGGGACGAGGCCCAGUACAAGGAGGAGGACCUGUGGGACUCUUUCACCAUGGAGCUGCACAAGAAGCCUGGUCAGGGCCUGGGCCUCAGCAUUGUAGGGAGGAGGAAUGACACAGGAGUGUUUGUGUCUGACAUUGUGAAAGGAGGCCUGGUGGACACUGAUGGGCGACUGAUGCAGGGCGAUCAGAUCCUGUCAGUCAACGGUGAGGACGUCAGGUCGGCCACUCAGGAGGCCGUGGCUGCGCUGCUCAAGUGCUGCGUGGGGCCUAUAAAAAUGGAAGUGGGGAGGUUUAAAGCUGGCCCCUUCCACUCUGAAAGAAGACUGUCUCAAAGUAGCCAGAUGAGUGAAACAGGCAGUUCCAAGGUGGCCUCUCAGUCGUGCUCAGACUCUGGAAACCUUCCCAGUGACCCUGACAAACUCAGCCGGAGUCAGGAGUCCCCAGAGCAUCAAGACACCAGAACAGUGGAGUUCACUAAAGGUCCCAACGACUCCCUGGGUAUCAGUAUAGCGGGCGGAGUGGGCAGCCCUCUGGGCGAUAUACCCAUCUUUAUCGCCAUGAUGAAUCCUGUUGGCCUGGCUGCUCAGACCCAGAAGCUCAAGAUCGGGGACCGGAUUGUCAGUAUCUGUGGGACCUCUGCUGAGGGCAUGAGCCACUCACAGGCUGUCACUCUGCUCAAGAAUGCCACGGGCACAAUACAGCUGCAGGUAGUAGCAGGUGGCGACACGACCGUGACGGGUCCCUCACAGGAUCAGGCAGUUGGAGGUCUCACGCCCAGCUGCAUUUUCCAGGAUGACCUUGGCCCACCUCAGUAUAAGACCAUCACCCUUGAAAGAGGACCAGACGGACUAGGUUUCAGUAUAGUUGGAGGGUAUGGCAGCCCCCAUGGAGACUUGCCUAUCUAUGUCAAAACAGUUUUUGGAAAGGGAGCAGCAGCAGAGGACGGGCGUCUGAAACGAGGAGACCAGAUAAUGGCCGUUAACGGGCAGACUCUGGAGGGCGUCACUCAUGAAGAAGCCGUUGGCAUCCUGAAAAGAACCAAGGGAACUGUCACGCUCACUGUGCUAUCAUAGACACACAUAUACAAACACACUGUAACAUACACACACUAUCUUCACUGCUUUUCCAACACUUCCAGUUACACCCAAAGUUAAUCCACACCUACAAGACUGAAACUUUGAAGUAGCAACACAGAUCACAGGUGCAGCGUCACGUCUAGCAGUUGUAGAGCUCACACCAGCAAUAUUUCACAACUUGGUGAUUGUGUUAAAAUCUGGUGGUCUGUGAAAAUAUGCAAACUCAAAUAUGAACAACCAUACACUGAUAAUCAUGAAGUAGCAUACUGCUCAAUGUAGCUUUGAACACUGUGAUCCAUUUUUAGCCUAUUUUAAGUAGACUUACUUAUGUCAUGAUAAGCCUUUUUAUCACUAGAACAAUCACCCUUAUAUCGUAUAUCUAUGUGCAAAGUAGAUAUAUGAAUUGUUAAAUUUUUUAAGAUAUAGUAUAGUAUAGUAUACAUUUUUAAGUAGUUGUUAUAUGUCUCAAAGAUGUUGUAAAUAAUAUUAGAAACAUUCCAUGGCUCUGGAUUCACUGGACACUGUGGCUAGUAUUUUUCCAUUUCCUGUACAGAGAUACAUGGAUUGUGUGAUCAUUGUUUUCAGGAGUACAUUUUACAAUUGAGAACAAAUACCCUUAAGCAAUAUUAGGAUAUUUCUUCAGAGGAGAGGCCUGUUUUUCAAGCUUUUUACAGUCUGAGGUCUACUUAUAUAGAUGACCUCACACUAAAUGCAGAGCAUGAAACAACAUGAAAAUACUCUAGAGGCAAUUAACAGAUUAGCAGGAUUUAGUUAAUGACUAUAUUAGCUGAUGACAGCAUUAUUUGUCUCUUACAUUGCACUGCUGUUGGCAAUUCACCAUACUUUGAAUUUCCUGAAAGGCUGAUGCUGCUGUAACUGGUGUUAAUCAACUUAUCAUGAAGCCACUGUUGUUUUAGCCAAAGUGGCUAAGAGAGCAUUUUUCAAGUGCUGAAGGCUAGAUGUCUGGUAUUGUAAAUACACUGUGUGUUAACACAUUUCUGAAGGGAGAGAUGUGAAGUGUGUUUUUAGUGCACACUUGUGAAUGUGUGCGUGUGCGUGUGUGACCUCCUCACUGAAAUAUAGUGCUGCUAAAGCUGAUAUAUAAGGUAUUAUGUCACAGUAUUUGGAUUUUUUUUAAGUAUUACAUGUUCACUUAAUGAAAGUGCACAGAAAAGUAAAUGAACUGCUAUUUAGCUUGGAAAGGACAAAUAGUUGUUCUUAUCAGAUGGAUUAUAUAACAGACCUGAGCUCAUUUUGACCUUAUUGUUUACCCAAAACAAAGACAUCCAGUGUGUAGUCCUUAUGCAUUUGUUGUGGUCUAGUGUCAGAGACAGUCGUCUGUUCUCUGUCUUAUUACCUUAAAUGUUACUCUAGUACUGUCAAAGUGACAGUAUUGAAAUUAUUCACACUGAAUUAAAUAAAAGUGACCUUUGGAUUCAA